UGAUUCACUUGGAAGAGAUCGGAAACGGAAAAUAGAUUGUAUAAAAAUAAUAAUUAUUAAAUUAAGAGUAUGUAUCUGAAGAAGCCGUUCUGGAGCGACACCCUGAAGUCGGGGUCUGACGGCGAGCAGCGAUCGCCGGUUCUCGAGCUCGUGAAAUCGCUCGACAAGCAGCGGCUCUAUCGCGAGGUGACGCUCGCCCUUCGAACGGGGCUACGAGAAGCGCGUGCAGAGUUCUCGUUCAUCCGAAUCCGUGGACUCCGUAGCAUUCUCAAGUUCCUCCGAUCUGCUGCCGAAUCUGAUGAAACGAUUAAUCUUUUUUACCACUCGCAAUCAAUUCCCGAACUCCAAGUGGUUCCCGUUUUGUUUCAACACUCUCUUAGAGAGAUAGAGGACCAAUCAGUGACUAAUUUGAAACACCUAUUUACUGUGGAACCAAUAAAGAUCAGUAGCCCCUCAACUGAUGCUGAAGUGGCUCUUGCACUACGAGUUCUUGAAGGAUGUUGUCUUCUUCAUAGCGAAAGUACAAUUUUGGCUCAUCAACACAAGGCUGUUGCUGUUUUAAUGAGUAUAUUGUCGACUCGUGGAGUGCUUGAGCAAGGUGCAUGCCUUGAUGCUUUAAUUGCGAUUAUGCUGGAUUCCUCCUCCAACCAAAUGGAUUUCGAGAACUGCAAUGGCAUCGAGGAAGUUGCUCAUCUCAUAAGAGAUAAACAAGCUGAGGAAAAUCUCAGGCUGAAAUGCGGAGAGUUCUUGCUUUUGCUCAUCGGCCAUGUAAAUGGAAGAGAAACACCUCCAAUGGUGACAAUCCAUGAUGACGUAAGGCGAUUUCUUGGAGAAAAAACUGCCUCCUUAAUAUGGGCCGCAAGUCAGUUUGGAUCGACCCUUGAUCCGGACGAGAGAUUGACUGCAUUGCACAUUCAAGCCAGAAGGGUGCUCAAGUCGGUUGAUCUUUGCUGAUGACAGAGUCCGAUGCCACCGAUCGAUUGUCGACUACAAACUUUUCUUUCCUAGGUAUGUUUCUUUUAAUUUAUCCAGCCUUAAGCUGUCCUACUAACUAAGCAACUCCAUAUCCAUUGCUUUGUCAUAACAUCACAUGCUUUACAUAUUAUGCUUUUGUAACCCCCCCCCCCCCCCCUAAUAUUAAGUAGUUUCGCCAUUUUGUGGUUAGUGCUCGUACUAUGUUUUUAUGCAUGUUUAUUUAGUUUUUUUAGUUGGAGGUGUUUGUAUAGUUUAUUUUUCGUAAAAAAAUAAUGUUAUGAAUUGAAUUAUUGAUUUUAUUUUAUACGGUAUUAGGUGUGUGUACAUUAUUUUUUUUAAUU